AUGGUAUCAAAUCAUCUAAGAACAACAUGGUCCCUGAUCGACGAAAUCAGUGGAAAACGCACAAGCUACAGCACAUCAAAAAUCAAACGAAAAGAUAGUACAAAAAUUAACUCAACCAAUGAACUUAUGCAUGAAUGGAAAACAUAUUUCGAAGAAUUACUUAACGUUAAAACAAACAUCAAUCUAAACACUCAAGCAAUACCACCAGCUCCUGAAGACCUACCAAUCAACCAAGGUCCAAUAACAAUCAACGAAGUGGAACAAGCAAUCAAACAAUUAAAAGACGGAAAAUCUCCUGGAAUUGACUAUUCAAUAACACCUGAAGUACUGAAAUAUGGUGGUAGAUGGAUUAUGAAUCAACUUUGUAACAUAUGCAAUGAAAUCUACAACAAUCAACAAACACCAAAACAAUUCAACACCAACAUCAUAAUACCAAUACCAAAAAAAGGCGACAAAACGCUUACGACGAACUACAGAGGCAUUAGUCUUAUGGUAAUGCUCGGCAUCAAACGAACCGACAAGAUUAAAAACAACACCAUAUACGAAACAAUCAAAGAAGAACCUUUAACACAAACAAUACAACGACGACAACUACGCUUCAUUGGACACUGUCUUCGCCGUAAUACAAACGAAUUUAUUAACAUGUAUGCUCUGUAUACACCAAAAUCUGGCCAUGGAACACGAAAACGUGGUCGCCCACGUUUAAACUAUCCUGAUUACGUCGCAAGACUGAUCAACAACGACACACCACCAACCAUCGAAGAAAUCCGGAAGACUGCUGUCAAUAGGGAAGAAUGGCGUAAGAUUGUUGUCGCCUGCAAACCCAAGUUAUUUGCAGUCGAAUGA